AUGGGGGCGUUGGAACAACUGAACCGUGCUCUGAGGGAAGAGCUACAAGAGUCGUUGGAUAAGAUUGAGACCCCAAGGGGCCAAGGCGAGGUGCUGCAGAGGGAGAAGGAGGAGCUUCAGGCAAGACUUGUUCGCGUGAAGAAGCAGGUGAGGGCAGAGACGCAGAGAAGUGGGGGUUUGCGAGUGGUGAAGAGGGGGGAGAAGCGUGGGGGGGAGGCCCGUUUGCAGGUUGGAGUGGCAGAGGAAAAGGCUGCUGCGUUGCUGCAGCAAGUUCUGGCAUCCCAGCAGGCAGAGUUUGCUCUCAAGAUGCAAGUUGUGGAGCAGGACAGGCAGAGAGCUGCCUUGGCACGUGAAUUGAACGCGUGCCAGGCAGAACAAGCAAGAACUGCUGCUGAGAGGGAUCAAUUCGCCAGGGAAACAGCACAGCUGGUGUGCGCACAACAGGAGGCGAGGCAAAAGCUGGUGGAGGAGGAGAGGGCGGAGGGGCGGGUUGUGGAGUUAGCAGCUGCUAACAGGAGAAGUGCAGUCAUGAGGCAGAAAGCUGCAGUGCAGUGA